AAAGAUAGGCAGACAGUCAGACGGAUCAGAGUUCGUCGUGGUAUGUGCUGCCAGCGCCCUUUUGGGGUUUGCCGAGAGCCCACAUUUGUGAUAUCUUGCCGGCGUCAUCGAAGGUUGUGACGACCAGGUGGUUCUCAAUCGACAGGCUCUUGUCGGGCUUCAUCAGGUGAAACGCCUGCUUGUGCACCACAGUCUUCAAAUCAGAACCAACCUGCAUGCACCGCACCACCACAUAGUCACACACACAUUCGAUUCCCUACACUUGCAAUGCUGGUUGCCUGGCCCGAAGUGGCUCUAGUGCGCGGGAGUGUGUCUGUGUGUGUGUGUUUGUGUAUGUGUGUGGUACCGUACCAGCAGCAAGGUGGGAGCGCUUGCGAACCGUCGCGUGUCCUUGUGCUCAGCAUACUUCUUGUAGAAGGCAAUGUGCUCAGCGUGACCUGACACAUCCAUACAAACAAACAUGGCCGUGCGCAUCCAUCCAUCCGUCGAUUCCCCGGCCCGGUGUCAUCUGUCUGUCUGGUGGGUGACCUUUGAUGGGGGCUGAUGACCAGUAGGUGUGAGUGACGGCGUCGGCUGCGAAGAACUCGGGCACGAAAGUCUCAGGCGAGGUGAUGUUGAAGUGCAGGGCGUCGAAGAACUUGCCCAUGCGGCUCAUCUGCAGCUUCUUCAUCGCCGUCUCCUGCGGUAGGUACACGAGGGCACAUGGGUUCGUACACACACACACGGAUGGAUGGAUGGAUGGAUGUCUUGUGGUGUGGUGGAUGGACUGACUGGUUGGCUGACCGUUUCGGUGGCGGAUGGUUUCUCGAAGGAGUAUUUGCAGAGGGCCUGGUCGAUCAUUUCUGUCUUGCUGGUCAUGAUGACCGACUUCAUCGACUCGAUAGUCGGCUUGUCCUCGUCCGUCAGACGCAUCAACCGAAGCAUGUACCACGUCGCCGGACACGGCAGCUGCGUACCCUGUGAUGAUGGCAUGGGAUGGGAUGGAACCGAACACACCAGCCAACCAAGGCUCGGCACACAUACAUACAAGAGGCUCAGCCAGAUGGUAAACCACAGCCUGUACGUGUGGUGUGUGUACGUACCUUGGCGACAUAGAUCUGCAGGUGGCCGACGGUUCUGAAGUCGCUGAGGAAGAAAAAGUCACUGUCCCGCGCAAUGGCGACGCUCUCCAUCUGCUCGUAGCGCGGCGACAGGACGCUCUUCCAGAAGGCCUUGCCCUUUCCCCGGUGCGUCACAUCGCCGUCCGUGUACUCGAUCUCUGAUUUGUCCGUCACGCGAGUUAGCACCGCCUCCAUCGCUUCCAUGGGCGUCUUGCGGCUGUUGAAAUCCACCAGCAGCUCUGAUGGAAUAAUGAGUGAGUGAGUCCAUACACACAUAGCAUACACACAGCAAACACGCAAACCGCAGGAUAAGCAAGCGACACGACGGAAGCCGCCAUCCCCCUCUGUGUGCGCGUGUGUCUGUCAGUCAGUCCCCCGCUCACCGUCGUGCCAUGCAGCCGCCGCCUGGGGCGUCAGGGCCUGGCUGCCCACCACCACACAUGCCACCACCACCAAUACAGAUGCGAAGCGGGACGCCAUUCUUCGGGAUUGCAGGCACCUUCCUCACUCACACUCGACCUUCGGAGGUGAAUGCAGCUGCAAAAAAGCCACGGAAGACGGAGAUCUC